AUGGAUAUCAUGGAUAUCGUGUUUAUCGUGGAAAUGGUGGAGAUCGUGGGCAUCGCCCUGGGAGUCAUAGGAUUAAUACUGACCAUUGUGAUCUGUGCUCUCCCCACCUGGAUAGUGACAACCUUCAUAGCAGAUAACUCAGCCAACACAGAGGUGGUCUGGUACGGCCUGUGGAUGAGCUGUGUGACCCAAGGCAGGGGAAAGACACAGUGUGAAGUGUACAACUACAUGGAGUAUUGGAAAUAUGAUCUGCAGCCUGCCAGAGCCAUGAUCCUCACUGCCAUCAUACUGGGGGUUCUGGGUGUCUUGUUCUUCAUGUUCGGAGCCAAGAGCACCAACUGCAUCAAAGACAAAACAUCUCAGGCCAAGUUGAUAAUUAUCGCUGGAAUACUUUUCAUCCUGGCUGGAUUUCUCAUCCUCAUCCCUGUUUCCUUGCUAGCCAGAUCAAUCAUCAGCGACUCCUCCACGCGGAUCAAAGGGAAGACUGAGCUGGGGAACUCGCUGUACAUCGGCUGGGUGGCGGCCUCCCUGCUCCUGAUUGGAGGGGUCACACUGUGCAUCACUGUGGGAGUCUUUGGAUGGAUGAUGGGAAUCUUCGGAUGGAUAGUCUCCCUAGUGCCCAGUGCUCUCUCUGUAUGGAUCCCAUUCAGGCAUUAUCCUGAGCCCCACUAUAGGGACAUUUGGAUGGUUCUGACGAUCACCUCCAUCUCCACCAUCCUGGGAGCUCUAGGAGUGAUGGGGUUCAUCUUUGGGACCAGGUGCUGUAACUGCAUCAAGAGUAACAGGAUCAGGGUCAAGGCCAGGUUCAUCGUUGGAACAUUUUUCAUCCUGACUGGUAUCCUGCAGUUCACCACUGUGUUUUUGGUUGACCAUUACUUAAGAACGGAUGUCCACCUGCAGCUCUACCCUUUCGUCCUGUUUACCCAACAUGACCUGGUUAUUUUAGCUGAAGUCUGUAGGUGGUCCACCUCCAUGCUCCUGAUAGGAGGGACCAUACUCUGCUGCUGCAUCUUCAAGAGGAACCAGCCAGACUCAACGACAACUACAUCAACCUCCCGCUAA